AUGAAUUCCGACAUUUUGACCGUUAUUUUUGAUGAUGCUUCUUGGAAUGAUUCAAACGGGUUCAAGUCCUUGGUAAACGGAUCAAAUAGAUCAACCCCGAUAUGGGACGAAGCUGAAAGGACUUCUGCAGAAGCGCUACUAUCCGGCAGCCGGAUCGGGAUGCUUCCCGUGGCUCUCCUUGGUUUGAUUGGCAAUCUGCUAAUUCUUAUCCUUGUCACGCGCAGUGACGUGGUGAAAAAGUAUCCAUUGUCCGUUUACUUGUCCGCCCUCGCCGUCGGUGACUUCAUUUUCUGCCUAGAUCUACUGCGCUGGUACCUUGAGUGGGCGGACCUGAUUCCCAAGGAUUGGGGAGACGUCUAUUGUGCCAUCACGAACUUUUUGGGUCAUUUUGCAAUUGGUCUCUCUCACUGGACGAUAUUAUGUAUUUCCCUGGAUAGAAUGGUUCGUGUGGCGUUUCCCUUUAAAGCCAAGACUCUGCUGACGAUGAAACUCGCGCGGAUUGUUGUCGUCGUGGUGGUGUUCGGCGUGGGCCUACCAAACAUUCCCCAUUUUGUUUUCGACCACCAAGUGCCCGUGGAUAACACCACGUGGAUGUGCUGGACAUUACAAACAGAUACAAUAGGCCCGUUAUAUUAUAACCUGAUGAGAAUCUUAAUAGAAACUCCACCCGUGAUCCUGGUGAUCUUCGUUAACUGUAUAACGGUCUUCAAACUGCGUUCCCACUGGAGUAAAAUGAAAAAAGAAGGCAUCAAGGAAAACUGGAACCAGAAACGCGGUAAUCUUCACAUGGAGGAGACGGCCUUGACCGUUACCUUGGUAGUCAACGGAACCCUCUUCGUUGUCUUGGAAACGCCAUACUCGGUGACGGAGUUCGUGGCUCAUUACAGAUCAACGGAUGACAUCAGUGCACUUCCGUACAUGUUUGCCACUGUGUUCAAAUUGGUCAGCGGCGUCGAUCACACCUGCAACUUUUUCGUCUACAUCAUUGGGUCAGCCAUGAUGAGGAGGGAGUUCAUUGCCAUGUUCCGGUGCCCUGAGAAAGCUGAUGGUACCAUGAAGACGGAGUGCCACACUAACACAAUUCCGGUUAUUGUGCAUCCUAAUUCUGUCGACGAUGACACCGUGGCCAGUAGCAGCUUUUCUUUGUCAUCCACAAACACGCGACUGUAG